AUGAUGCUUCAGGGGUUAUUGCGGAGCCUGAAGCCUUCGGGCCGACUUCUCGCAACUUCACCGGCGCCACGAAGGACCUUCUCCUCCACUCUACGAGCCUUUGACGAGGUGGAAAUCACCAUUGACGGAAAAAAGGUCAAAAUUGAGGCUGGAGCGGCUCUGAUUCAGGCUUGCGAGAAGGCGGGGGUUACUAUCCCCCGGUAUUGCUAUCAUGAAAAGUUGAUGAUUGCUGGAAAUUGCCGUAUGUGCUUGGUUGAGGUUGAGAGGGUGCCUAAGCCGGUGGCGUCUUGUGCUUGGCCUGUACAACCUGGUAUGCUAGUCAAGACUAACUCUCCAGUAGUACACAAAGCUCGAGAGGGAGUAAUGGAAUUCUUGCUUGCCAACCACCCACUGGACUGCCCUAUCUGCGACCAAGGAGGUGAAUGCGACUUGCAGGAUCAGUCAAUGCGCUAUGGCGCUGACAGAGGCCGCUUCCAUGAGAUUGGCGGAAAACGUGCUGUGGAGGAUAAGAAUAUUGGACCUCUUAUCAAGACAUCUAUGAAUCGCUGCAUUCACUGUACCCGCUGUAUUCGAUUCGCCAAUGAUGUUGCCGGUGCUCCCGAACUUGGAUCUACUGGAAGAGGGAAUGACAUGCAAAUCGGUACUUAUUUGGAGAAGAAUCUCGACUCGGAACUCUCAGGAAACGUUAUCGAUCUUUGCCCUGUUGGAGCCUUGACCUCGAAGCCCUACGCUUUCCGUGCGAGGCCUUGGGAGCUAAAGCCUGUCGAAUCAGUUGACGUGCUCGACGCCUUGGGAUCGGCUAUUCGUGUGGACGCUAGGGGGAUGGAAGUCAUGCGUGUUAUUCCUCGAUUGAACGAUGAUGUUAACGAGGAAUGGAUUAAUGAUAAGACCCGUUUUGCUUGUGAUGGACUUAGGACCCAGCGAUUGACUAUGCCUUUGGUAAGGAGGGACGACAAGUUCAUUCCGGCUACUUGGGAACAAGCGCUCGCGGAGGUUGCGUCGGCCUUUCAGAGGCUUCAGCCUAAGGGCGAUGAGGUCAAGGCUAUUGCUGGUCACCUUGUUGAGGCAGAGUCUUUGGUGGCGCUCAAGGAUAUGAUUAACAGACUUGGGUCAGAGAAUCUCGCUCUUGACCAGCCGCUUGGAAACCAACCCCCAGCACACGGUGUCGAUAUUCGCUCUAACUAUCUAUUUAACUCUAAGAUCUGCGGUGUAGAGGAAGCAGAUGCCAUACUCCUUGUGGGAACCAAUCCUAGACACGAGGCCGCGGUUUUGAACGCUAGAAUCAGGAAACAAUGGCUCCGAUCUGACCUUGAAAUUGGACUUGUUGGUGAGAACUUUGACAACAUAUUUCAUAUCGAGCAUCUUGGCCAGGACGCCACUUCCCUGAAGAAAGCUCUAGCUGGAAAAUUUGGCCAGAAGCUGCUAGUUGCCAAGAGGCCCAUGAUUAUCGUAGGUAGCGGAGUCACAGAGCACACAGACGGAAAAGCCUUCUACGAGAUCAUUGGUCAAUUCGUAGAUAAGAAUGCCGGCAAGAUCAUUUCUCCAGAAUGGAAUGGGUACAACGUUCUCCAACGUGCCGCCUCCCGCGCCGGGGCCUACGACAUCGGUUUCGUCUCAUCCUCCCCCACGAUCUCCCAAACCACGCCCAAGAUUAUCUGGCUCCUAGGUGCCGACGAGAUAACCCCCAACGAUAUCCCCAAGGGCGCCUUCGUGGUCUACCAAGGUCACCACGGCGACGUCGGGGCCCAAUACGCAGACGUGGUCCUCCCCGGUGCGGCCUACACCGAAAAGUCCGGGACAUACGUUAACACAGAAGGCCGUGCCCAACUAACCAGAGCAGCAACCGGCCCUCCGGGCGUCGCUCGCGAGGACUGGAAAAUCAUCCGUGCGGCGAGUGAGUUCUUGGGCGUCACUUUGCCCUACGAUUCUUUGGCCGGGUUGAGGACUCGCAUGGAGGGGAUCUCACCGGCGCUGACACACUACGACGUUGUUGAGCCCGCGUCCCUCGCUACGGUGGGCAAUAAAGUGCAGAUAGUUGAUGCGAAUAAGGGCGCAGAGGCCGGUGGGGCACCGUUGAGGAGGGUAAUCGAGAAUUUCUACUUUACGGAUGCCAUCUCCAGGAGCUCCCCGACAAUGUCCAGAUGCUCCGCUGCAAAGAUGACUAGGAGUGGUAUCGAGGCAGAUCCCAGCCCUGGAGACGCGGCGUAUGCCGCAAGUGGGUAACCCCUUAGAUGUCGUUGUUAAAUAGAAUGAAUGCCAUCUUUGUUUUUUUCCCUCUCCAUUUUUUCCUUGUUAAAUUUCUUUUCUUAUACUCUUGCAAACCAUAUAGCUAGUGUGGUGUCCCAGCGUUGGUUGGAAAGGAGAAACAGGGGGAGGGGAGGGCAUCCCUUAGUGUAAUUAUAAACUUCGUUUACAUUUGAUGUUUUAUACCACUUGCUCUGUUGGAUGCUGUCGUUGUUAUACAUUAGACACUUAAGGUUGGUAUCAUGGAAAAAUAAUGAUGGGGGUGGGGGUCUAUAGAUACCGGUAGGAUUAUCAGGUCGUUGCAAUCAUGCAAUAAUCUAAUAUUAUGAUACCGUGCGUGGAGGGUUUCUCCAAA